GGAAGGAGGAGUGGUUUUUCGCUUAGUCACAAAAAGCAUAUGUCAACCAAGCAGGCUGCAGUGUAAAAACAGUUUGUCACCUCAGACGUCGUUCUUGUGUAAAGUUCACAGCCUGCUUUUCCUUAAUAAACAUGGACUCUGCCUUUGAGGACCUGGACGCAGCAGGUUUCCUGGAGAUAUGGCAACACUUUGAUGCAGAUGAUAAUGGCUACAUUGAGGGCAAAGAGCUUGAUGACUUUUUCCGUCACAUGAUGAAAAGACUGCGUCCACAGGACAAAGUCACUGAAGAAGAUGUCCAGAAUUUGAAGAAAAGGUUUAUGUCUGCCUAUGAUGUCACUGCCGACGGGAAACUACAGAUUCAGGAGCUGGCCCACAUGAUCCUGCCUGAGGAUGAAAACUUCCUUUUAAUUUUCCGCAGAGAAAAUCCUCUGGACAACACUGUUGAAUUCAUGACGAUAUGGAGGAAGUAUGAUGUUGACUGCAGUGGCUACAUAUCGGCUCAGGAGCUGAAGGCUUUCCUGAAAGACUUGUUCCAGCUGCACCACAAGGAAGUGACACCGGACAAGCUGGAGGACUACACUGAUGCAAUGAUGAAAAUCUUUGACAAAAACAAGGACGGACGUUUGGAUCUGAACGAUCUGGCGAGGAUCUUAGCUUUAGAAGAAAAUUUCCUUCUCCAGUUCCGAAUGGAUAGUAAGACAGGAGCACUUGAGGGUCCUGAAGUUGAUGGCUUUGUCAAGGAUAUGAUGGGCCUUGUCAGGCCUAAUAUCACGGGUCCUGAGCUGGACAAGCUGCGAGCCGUUCUGCUGCGUCACUGUGAUGUCAACAAGGAUGGAAAGAUCCAAAGGAACGAGUUAGCUCUGUGUCUGGGAGUCAAGAUGAAAAAUUAGAGAUCUGUACUGUACUAGUGGAUUAUGAAACAAUGACGCUACGUGUGCUGUUUAAUCGAUAAUAAAUGAUAGCUAGUGGAAUGCUGUGUUAUGCUCUAAGUCAAGUUGCUAAGUUAUUAAAGGUCAG